AUGCCUGGCUAUACACUGAGCAAUAAAUAUCAGUUGCGAGAAAACGAAAAGGCCAUGCAGGUCAUCUCCGUCCUUGUCAUAUACGCCUCGAUCGUCAACCUUUCGUUCGGUGUUUUGUUUGUCUUCAAUCGCAUGAAGUUUUCACUUUAUUGGGCGAAUAUUUUUGGGGUUAUGCUGAGCCUGAUCAAUGCCCAAUACGGCAUUUGCAUAAUCUUGCUGACCGCCUUGUCGAACGGCCGGGUUUGGGACGAUAUCAAGAAGCUUCUGCGCAGGAGAUUGAGAUACAUUGGUUCUACACUGGAGACGGGUAAAAUUAGCUCCCGGGAGAAUGAGAAGAAAGUCACGAACACGCGAGGAAAGGCAAAUGAACUUGGCAUGGGGCCAAUAGUUUGGUGUGCCUAUUUUGUCGAAAUUGUUCUCUAUUCCGGGACUUUGCUGCUUGCCCCGAUAAUCUUUUAUGUCAUGCACAAUUUGCCUACGUUCCAUCCAAAUCUGGUGCGCCUAUUCGCUGUGAACCUCGUAUUCAUUUACCCGUUCGCCAUUUCGCGCUUUAUUUUGGCUUUGUAUGAGAGCAGCUUGGAGUUUAUGUGGGAAUGGCCAGCCACCCUUACCGGAAUACUAUUCGAGAGGCUCUUCGCAACGAUUAUGGCCGCCAGCUACGAAUCCGUACAUUACCGAUGGUUCUUUAUCUUUCUAACGUUUCUCGGCGUGGCUUUCGCUGGUUUGAUGGGAUGUUUCUUCGUGCUGGGUGUCAUCUCGCCAAGCUUUGCCGGCAUGCUCGGCGUGGUCGGCAGCACUUCGGCGGCAACGGCGACGCUGGCAGCGCUCCGAAUCAAUCGGCAAAAGAUACGUAAAAUACCGAUGCCAGGUUAUACGCUGACCAAUAAGUAUCAGCUACGAGAGAAUGAGAAAGCUAUGCAGGUAUGCGCUCUCGAUCAUGCUGUUAAGCGUAAUGUCGAAUCGGCGUGUCUGGGACGAUGUGAAAAAGAUGCUCAGGAAACGCUGGAAUCGGAGCUCUACCUCGGCGCCAGCACCGAGGACUACUUUUCGCAGCUCGACUCGCAAUGGGAUCCAAUUCCCAUGCCGCUUCUGGUGUUCUCAUUUUUUCGCGGUUGGGUCUUUGCGAUGAUGCCGACCAAUCUCGUGAUGAUCCUCUUUGAGCGCUGGUACGCCACGGUCAAGGCGGGCAGCUACGAGACGAAUUAUCAUGAGGGUCUCUUUGCCCUAUUGGCCGCUGGGGGCCUGCUGUUCGCGUUUGUGAUGUCGCUGCUCGUCACAUAUAAUGUGUUGGUAAUGGCGUAUGGACUCGUGCUAGCAAUGUUGGUUACGCUGGCUGGCGGAGUGGUCAUCUCUCUGCUCGUCGAAAUGGCGGCGUUCUUCAACCUUUCCUUUAUCUCGUUCUUUGCGCUUAACCGCUACGAAUGGCUGUCGUGGUAUUGGCGCAACAUUUUUGGGAUGCUGACGUCUUUAUGGAGUGUAAUAUUUGCCUUGACGAUGACGUUUUUCGCGCCCAUCUCGACAAAGCGACUUUAUAAGCUCACCAAGAGCAUUCUUUUGCGAGAUUGGAGAAAGCUGAGACCCUUGCCAGAACCCAGCUGCGUCGACGACCUGCCUCAGAUUGAAAAGAAAGUCAUGAAUAGUCGGGGAAAGGAGAUCUACCUGGGCGCCAAGCAGGAGGACUAUUUUCAUCAACUCACCGCGCAGUGGCACCUGCCACCGCUCAGGCCACAA